AUGGUAUCAAAAACAUAUUUAAUAGGUAUGUUUACCCUCGGUGCUAUAAGUGGAGGACUAUUAGGGUUUUUAUCUUCUUCACAAAGAUCGCCCUUAAGAGAUUCUACAUCAAGCAAUCCUUCUCCUAGAGAAGCAGUAACUCAAAAUGAAAUUAUAAAUCCAUCUAGAAUAUUUGAUUUUUGUGAUCCUAGGCCUGUUCAUGAUUUAAUUGUUAGGAAAGGAUAUAUUUCUUGUUAUGACAGACAAACAAGAGUCCCAUCAUGGAGUGCAACAGAACUGACAUCUGAAUCCUUAAAAAGUGGUAAAUCAAACAGGAAAUAUUCAAAAUUCAAAGAAGAUGAAACUAUAGAUCCCAAAUUUCGUGCUAAAUUAAGUGAUUAUUUUCGAAGUGGUUAUGACAGAGGACAUAUAAUAGCAGCAGCUGAUGUGAGAUUCUCACAAGAUGCUCUUGAUGAGACAUUUUAUCUUACAAAUAUUUCACCUCAAGUAGGAGAGGGAUUUAAUCGGAAUUAUUGGCUUUAUUAUGAGGAAUUUUCUAGAAGUUUAACAUCUAAAUUUGAAUCUGUUUCUAUCAUAAAUGGUCCAUUAUAUCUUCCUAAGGAAGAUUCUGAUGGAAAAUGGAGAGUUACAUACGAAAUGAUAGGAAACCCUCCCAAUGUUGCUGUUCCGACACACUUCUUUAGCAUAAUAUAUGCAAAAGAUAGUUCAGAUGAUUCUGUAGCAGUGGGUUCUUUUGUUAUUCCAAAUACUGCUAUUGAUGAUAAUACAAAACUUAGCGAAUUUAUUGUGCCUAUUAAUGCGAUUGAAAGGGCAAGCGGUCUUGAUUUUACAUAUAAAUUUGGAAAAAAACAAAAAAAAUUAUGCGAAAGCGUUGAAUGUGAUGUACAACAAUUUAUACGGGAUACACGACAAUCUUUAGCUUCAGAAAAGAUAUAA